UAAUCACUAUACGAAAUCUUAAAAUUUAGAUAACUUCAUGGAAAAGAAACUAAAAUUAUAAAAUAAUUAAAUAAACAUGGCUAGCAGACUAUUUAAUAGGAUAAUUUUGCCUGCAUACUCAAUAAGCUCAAAAUUUUUAUCAAAUAACCUAACUCACAAUGGUAAGAUUAUAGCAGUUGCUGCAAAUACCAAUUGUAUAACUUUUAGGAACUAUGCAAAGGGAAAAGAUAAAGGUAAAGAUAAGAAAGGCAAGGAAACAAAAGUGGUCAUAAAUGAAACAGUGAUGUCCGAGUUGAUUCCAGUAGACAAGUUAAAAGAAAGAUGUCAGAAUGCUAUUGAUAAAAUGAAGGAAGAAUUUGCCCAAAACCUCUCACUACGCUCCACCACUGGGUCUCUAGAAUCUCUUGUCGUCAAAUUUGACGGCAAAGAGUAUGAAUUACAAGAGUUAGCUCAAAUAAUCAGGAAGAAUCCAAAGACUAUUGUGGUGAACUUUUCCUCCUUCCCUCAAGCCAUACCUGAUGCUCUAAGAGCCAUACAUGGUUCAGGAUUGAAUUUAAAUCCACAACAAGAUGGUACAACAUUAUAUGUACCUGUGCCCAAAGUCACUAAAGAGCACAGGGAGGCUUUGGCAAAGAAUGCCAAAAUGUUGUUUGUUAAAUGUAAGGAUACCGUCAAAGAUAUUCAGAAUGAAUACAUCAAGAAGAACAAAACUAGUAAAGGCAAGCAACCUGGAGUAUCAGAAGAUUUGGUAUUUAAUAUUAACAAACAAAUCAUGGCAUUGUGUGACACAUACAAUGACCAGGCCAGAAAAAUCUAUGACGCUAAACAUAAUGAGCUUUUAGGAAAAUAAUUUUUUUGCAUUUAUGUUUUUUUUAUAUAUAGUAUAGUCAUUUUGUUAAGAUAAUAUGUUUUUUGAACUACUAUUAAUUGUAAAUAAUAAAAAAGUUGAAUAAUUUU